AUGGCUGCAAAUCUGGCAAAAGCUGCGGCAGUGGGCGCCAUGGCCAUGAAUGGCGGUGGAGGCAAUGUGAACAAUAACAACAACAAUCCUCUUCCAGACUGUCCAAAUCCACGACUAGCCCACUAUCACAAUGAAGACGUUUGCUUGAAUGCCUUGAAACCCACUCGCCCUUCGCUGGGAGCCCACGAUCGAAAAUUCAUUUACGAGUCCCUCAAAGAAUCUGGUUUGGGAGCUACGUUGGUCCCAAAUCAACAAACAGUGGUCUGCCCCAUCAAGUUGGAAAGUUUGGAGAAUCCCUCCGCCAUGCGUGGAUUGGACACUACUUGGCUUGUUGAGAAUACUUCCACCAAUCCUGUGGUGCUAAGUCAAGUCAUUGAUGGUGUCGAAUGGUCUCCCUUUCAACCCAAAAUCCUCAGUCCCUUGGACGAUCCGCUCGCCACCUUGCAACCGGGAGAAUGGAUUUCGGUUCCUACCUACGAAUCCUUUGUCUAUCAUGUAAGGGAAAUCUCAUCAGAGACUGGCAAGCCCGGAGGUGUCGUACUCCAACACCGAGCUGGGCUCAUUCCCAUUGGCAAUCCAAAUGCCUACGACUGCGAUGCGAACUUGCCCGAUGUCGAACCUGUCAAUCCCCAAACGGCCGAACGCAAAGUGGAGUUUGGACGAACGCCCCACCCGCAAAAACGACCUUGUAAUACAAUCGAUAUUAGUUUUCGGAAUCAAGCAGGUUGUCCCCUGCACGUCUAUUGGGCAAAUCGAUUGGAUGAGGUCCCAACAGAGGGUUUUUCGUGCGGAGAAAAGUUCAAGUUUCACUUGGGCACCAAACCGGCACCGCAAGAUUUCAUGUUGGAUUGGGACUCGGCCACUAAGUUUGAGGGGAGCUAUGUAGGACACACCUUUGUGGCUCGAUUGGCUUCCGAUCCCAGCGUCGUGAUUGACUCGUAUUCAGUGGAGCCCACGAAGAUUAUUGAUUGUCCCAACCUGCAAAAGCAACAAAUCGUUUCCAGCGUGGACGAACAGGCCGAAGCCGAGGUGCGAGCGGAUGGAACGGUCCAGAACCAAGAAGGGGGCUCCACCACCGCCCACUUGCAAGAAUCUGUCGCAGGUUUGGGAGGUAUUUCUUCUACCAGUGGUUAA